UUUCUUAUCACAACCCCACCACCACUUCCUCUCCCCACUUCCUCUCCCACCCCACUACCAGUUUUUUUCUCUCGUUCCUCCACCCUCUUCUACACAAACAUCCUAUAUCUACAACAGAAAUGGCUCUCUCACAGCUCCUUUUACCUUCCCUCACCGUCGUUCUGACUUCGGAAAGUGGCUCGACUGUCCUCAGAGACUACCAACAGGCGCAAAGCCGCGAGAUUCAGAUCCCUCUUUUUGGCCCACGCGACGACGGCCUCAUGGACACCAUCGACGCGCGAACACCAACGGGCUAUAUCGUCUACAAGUGCGAAUAUUCACACGAGCAAGACACUGCGACCCUUUUUGAAGAGAAGGCGGAUAGGAAGCGGUCCUUUUGGUGUUCUGCAAAAUCAAGGGCUUGGGACGCAAAUAACUUCUUGCAUGAGUCAGGGGUGGACUUGGGGCUUGGUCUUGGUGUUCGCCUGAACUUGAGCAUGGACGGGUGCCCCACAUCUUGCUCUCUUAUUCUUGUUGCUUGCUAUCUCACUUUGUCAUCGUUGUCCUCAAAGAUCUAACCUUCACGUUCGUUUACUCACGUCUUUAUAAUACUUUCGGACUAC